GAGGAAUACAACUUGACAUCUGAUCGGUUCCUCACAACAAGGUCGAGCCGGAGGAGUGCGAGACUUGACACUUAGCGGUGGCGAUGAGCUUCGCCUCAUGUCAGAAACGUGGUUCGGCUGCCGACGUGCCGUGAAUUUCCGGCGGUUUCCUCGUAUCUGUGCCAUAUCUAAAUGUUGUCGCGGAGUCAACCAGCCGUCUCACUUUUACAGAGUUAGUUUGGGGGUUGUUAGGAGCUCAGCUAGCUGCGGCGGAGAAGGCUAGCUGAGUUCGGUUACCUGCUAAGGAUGAGCUCCGCACCGAACCACCGUAACGCCACAGAGACGACAGGGCUGCCCAGAAAACACAUCUCCGCUGUCUCCGUCGCUGGACACGUCCAGCAGGUCUUAAGCCAUGUGAAAGUAGAAAACCUGGUGGCGGGACUGAGCGGUGGAGUGGUGUCCACUCUGGUCCUUCACCCACUGGACCUGGUGAAGAUCAGGUUUGCAGUAAGUGACGGACUGGAGUUGAGGCCCAAGUACAGCGGUAUUCUUCACUGUAUGAAGAGUGUGUGGCAUCAGGAGGGAGUGAGGGGUCUGUACCAAGGGGUGACCCCCAACAUCUGGGGCGCAGGCUUGUCCUGGGGUUUCUACUUCUUCUUCUACAAUGCAAUCAAAGGCUACACUAAGGAAGGCCGUCAGGCUGAACUGAGCCCUGCAGAGCACCUGGUUUCGGCGGCUGCAGCAGGCAUCCUCACUCUCACCAUAACCAACCCGAUCUGGGUCACCAAGACCCGACUGGUUCUGCAGUACAGCGCCGACCCCACCGGUAAGCAGUACAGGGGGAUGGUGGACGCCCUGGUGAAGAUCUACCGCCAUGAGGGCCUGCCAGGACUUUACAAAGGCUACGUUCCGGGUCUGUUCGGUACGUCUCACGGGGCUCUGCAGUUCAUGGCCUACGAAGAGCUCAAGAGAGACUACAACAAAUACAAGAAGGUGCCUUCAGAUGCAAAGUUGAACGCUCUGGAGUACAUCACAAUGGCAGCACUGUCCAAAAUAUUCGCCGUCGCCACGACGUACCCAUAUCAGGUGGUGAGAGCUCGGCUCCAAGACCAGCACAGCAGAUACGGAGGAGUCGUAGAUGUCAUCGGACAGACGUGGAGAAACGAAGGAGCUUGGGGCUUCUACAAGGGCAUCGUCCCAAAUUUGAUCCGCGUCACGCCGGCCUGCUGCAUCACUUUUGUGGUUUAUGAGAACGUGUCCCGCUUCCUUCUGGGGACGAAAUGAGAGAGAUGGAGAGGACCCAGCAUGGACAGCCACACAGGGCUUCAAGCUCCGGCUGAAACGUUGGAGAUGAAGAGCGGACCGCGUUUCCCCAGAGGCCUUCAUUAAGUACUUGGAGAUGCGUUAAAGUGGGAAAAAAGUCGAAGCAGUAAAACUACUAACUCAUUUCCACUGAAGUAAAAGAAUUCUGACUUUAAUCUCAGAACUUUGGCUUUUACUCUUAGAAUUUUGGGAUUUUUUUUUUCUCAUGGAAUUUUGAUUUAUUUUUAUUUUUUCCCCUCAGAAUUUUGACUUUUGAAUUUAGAAGAUUAAAGUCAGAAUUCUAAAGAAAAGUUAAGAUUUUUCAGAGAAAAGUCAAAAUCCUGAGAUUUAAUCCUGAAAUCUGAGGGGGGGAAAAAGUCAACAAAAAAUGUUCAGUGGCCUUAAUCCUCUUCUGUAAAAACAUGACAGGAAUAUGUGUCCCAUUUAAGUGCACAGUUAUUUCAUGGGGAUGAGUUGUUUCAGCUUGUCCCUUUGGAAAUUAUAUAAAUGUGAUUUGGUAACUACUUUUUCAAACAAGAGGGGCAUAUUGUAACGAUGUGGUGAAUUCAGCAUUCUACCACAGAGGAAGUUUUAUUUAUGUUUUAUGGCAACAGAAAGAUGAAAAACAGUCUAUUUAAUGUGUGAACUGCAGCAAUGAUGAUGCUUCUUCCAUAGUCAUUUUUUGCUCAAUACACAAACUAAGUGUAUUUUAUUACAUUUUGUUAUGAAAUGUGAAGUGCUUUAUUAACUCGUGAACACAAUAAAUGUUUUAUUUUUGACCUA